ACACCCCUCAAACACUCAACUUAGCCGUUGAGGGACCCUUUUUUCUCUCUCAUUUUUCAACCUUCAUUUCAUCUUCUUCUCCAAAAACACUGUUAGUGUUUUUUUUCUUCUUCUUUUUUCCUCAAUCAUACCAAAAAAACACAAUAACAUUGUUCGUUUUAUUUUUCUCAUUGGAUACUGAAUAAUUGAAUAUUUUUUGACCGUUGGAGAAGCGGCGGUAUGACGUCGACGUCAAGCGGAGAUGUCGGCGGACGCGGCGGACAGGAGGCGGCGGAAGUGGCGGCAGUAGUAGUACAGAAGAGUAAAGAGAGUGAGAGUGGAGUUUUAAUGGUGAAGAAAGUAAAAAGAGAAAGAGGUUCUACUGCUAAAGAUAGAAUUAGUAAAAUGCCGCCUUCUACUGCUGGCAAACGUAGCUCUAUUUAUCGUGGUGUUACAAGGCAUAGAUGGACUGGUCGAUAUGAAGCUCACCUUUGGGAUAAAAGCACUUGGAAUCAGAACCAGAAUAAGAAGGGCAAGCAAGUUUAUUUGGGAGCGUAUGAUGACGAAGAAGCUGCAGCUAGAGCAUAUGAUCUUGCUGCCUUGAAGUAUUGGGGCCCGGGAACUCUAAUUAAUUUUCCAGUCACAGAUUAUAGUAGAGAUUUAGACGAAAUGCAGAAUGUCUCCAGAGAGGAAUACCUUGCAUCCCUUAGGAGAAAGAGUAGUGGCUUCUCAAGAGGCAUAGCUAAAUAUCGUGCGCUUUCAAGUGGCCGAUGGGAACCAUCACUUGGUCGUGCUACUGCAACUGAAUACCUCCCUGGCAUUCACUAUGGUAAAGGAGAAGAUAUGCCAGCUGAGGGUGACUAUCCUGGUGGUUUUUCCAUUGAAAGAAAACUUGAUUUAACAGGUUAUAUCAAGUGGUGGGGCCAAAAUAAAAUUCGACAAUCAGAGGGAGGGAAGCAUAGCAGUUCUGAAGACAUUGGGACUGAGCUUAAAUCACUAGAACGGGAAAUCCAAUCUACAGAGCCUUAUCAGAUGCCUCAGUUGGGUACUUCAUAUGAAGCAAAGAAAAAUAAAAGCUCUGCUACUUCAGCUUUGAGCAUAUUGUCAAGAUCAGCUGCAUACAAAAACAUGCAAGAGAGAGCAUCUAAAGCAAAGGAAACUACUAAUGAUAAUGAUGAGAAGGAAAAUAAGAGUUAUGUUAGCAAGAUUGAUAGUGGUAAGGCUGUCCAGAAAACAAGUGAUGAUGCUGGAAUUGACAGAUUGGGGUCUACCCUUGGAAUAAGCGGGAUGCCUCUUCACAAGAACAUGUUUCCUUUGUCUCCUCUACUCACUGCACCACUUUUGACGAACUACAGCUCUAUCGAUCCCCUAGCAGACUCUAUCCUUUGGACGUCGUUGAUGCCUGUUUUGCCUACAGCUCCUCGGAUUCCUGAGGUUACCAAAACCGAGUCCAGCUCAACAUAUAGCUUCUUCAGGCAGGAAGAAGGAUAAAUUAUACCCAUAUACUACAACUUGUUGCUGGUAUCAGGUCAAUUGUAUGAGCAGAACGACAGUGUUGCUAUAGAGAUGAGAGCGCAAAGCAGGCUUGUAUGAUAUGGCAGAAUAUAAAGCAGCUGCUUGCGCAGGCACGUUUUUUUUUCUUGCGAGGAACGACUAUAUGUAACUAUUACAAGCUGCAUAGAAGGAAGAAUUACCUCCCUCUCCCUGUGUACUUUAGCAUCUAGGCGUAAGUUGUAGAAGGUGCAAUAUAAUGAUAUUACGAUUCCGAAGUGGUGCACACCUGUUAAUAUGUAGCCAUGGGGUGUUCUUUUUGCAUAGUUGUAAACUCAUAACAGGAGUUGAGACCUCAUUAGUAAUUAGUAUAAUGUUGAAGGCCUUACCAGUUACCAUAAAUAAAUUGGCCAUACUCAUCUGGUAAUCAGGCAUUUUGAAGAAUGUAAUUUGAUGGUUUCUUAUUUCAAAUGUUCGUGUAUAUGAUAAUCUCCUCUUUUUUCUUUUC